UGCGGCAUGGGGGUAGCGAAGUUUUCGCCCUCACAGAGCGCAACACCUGGAUAAGUUUCACGCGUCCGACCUCGGCGCCCGUUCUUCGACGGAAAAUACGGGUUUUUCCGGUCGUCCUGUUUCGGCCGCGAUUUCGCGCGACGGCGUCAGGCGGAAAAUUGCGGUUUUCUGUGUAUUUUCAGUGUUUUUGACGGUCGCAGGUGUACGCCCACGGUGUAGUUGUGCCGGUGACAUUUUACGGUUUUUCCCUAGUUCACGUGUUGCAUUUGUGUGUUUCUCGACGUUAGAUCGUUUAGGAUUUAGAUAUCAUCACUCGAUGUAGUUUCGUGUAACCAAGAUGUUUAGCUGUAAGGACCCAAUGUACCUCAUCGAAAGAACUCUUUCUACCUUUCCGGAUAUGUAGCCAACGACAUGUCGUCCACAAGCUUCCUAGUGCUCGUUUUGGUGUUCAUCGUGACUUGUUCCGAGGCCGAACUGGCAACCGAAUUCGCUGAGGCUUCGGACGGGGGUACCGCGUCUUUGCCGUGCAACCUAACGCCGAACCAACCUUCGGACAAGGUCAGUGUAGUGGUGUGGCACAAGGGUGCCGAAGAGGACCCUAUUUAUAAGUUCGACCUGAGGGGUAAUCGGCCGCAGCAUUGGGCCGAGCCGACCCUGGGCGAUAGAUUCUUCCUGAGAAUAUUGGAUGACAAUCGUAGUGUCUUGACAAUCUCUCCAACGAAUUUAUCCGACGAAAAUGUGUAUCAUUGUCGCGUGGACUUUGCCACUUCGCCAUCUAGGAUAACUCACGUCAACUUAACGAUUAUUGUUCCUCCGACGGGUGUCCAAGUGAGCGAUGACUUCGGACUAGUGAAAAAUGGAAUAACCACUUCGUACGCCGAGGGGGCCAGUUUGACCCUUACAUGCAGCGCCACCGGCGGGAAACCCUUGGCCAGGGUGUCCUGGUGGAGAGAUGGAAAAAUCGUUACGGAUGAAUGUCAAUAUUUUCCCGAGAGAAAGAAGUCCCAAAGUUUGAUGAAGGUCGAGAAGUUAACUAGGAGUCAUCUGUUGGCCGUGUAUAGUUGCGAAGUCAGUAAUAGUAAAUUGCAACCGCCUCUGGUUGUCCGUGUCGCCAUCGAUAUGUACCUGAGACCGCUCGAGGUCACUCUAAUCAAGGAGCAUGAGGAACUCAGCGCAGGAAGAAGAUACAACAUCAGUUGUAGAUGCAGAGGUUCCCGUCCUCCGGCUAUCAUCACUUGGUGGAAGGAUGGUUUAUCUUUGGAAGGUGGAACUGUAACUGUCUCUGCUGACGGUAACACGACAACGAGCACCCUUUCGUUCACACCCACCUCAGCCGAUCACGGUCUUGUGCUGAGUUGCAAGGCCUCAAAUCACCGCAUUCCUUUCAGCGAACAGCAAAGGACGUGGAUGUUACGUGUUCUUUAUCCGCCCAAAGUGACGUUAAAUUUAGGUCACGGCCUGGACGCAAGUGAUAUUAAGGAGGGUGCCGACGUAUAUUUCGAGUGCCAUUUGGUUGCCAAUCCAUGGGUUCAUAGGGUAUGGUGGUUACGUGAUGGAGAACGAAUACUGAGCAACGCAACCUCAGGCAUUAUAGUCAGCAACCAAACAUUAGUGCUUCAGGGCGUGAGCAGGAGCAGCUCGGGCAGAUACUGUUGCGAGGCAACGAACAAAGAGGGCACUACUAAAAGCACUCCCUUUCAUCUGAAGGUGAAAUUCGAGCCUAUAUGUGGGGACGGAACAGGAAGGAAAGUUCUGGGGGCGGCCAAAGAUGAGCCACUCCAAGUAGAAUGCAAGGUAGACGCAGAGCCGGUGGCCAAGCUGUUCAGAUGGAGCUUUAACAGUACCCCGGGGAUUUCUCGGGAGCUGACCGAGUUUACGACAGACGAAGGGGGCAGCAGGUUGACCUACGUGCCGAAGAUACCGGCCGAUUACGGCACUUUGCAAUGCUGGGGCCAGAAUGAUAUAGGGACGCAACGGCAGCCGUGCACGUACCACAUCGUGCCGGCCGGCAAACCGGAUCCGCCCCAUACGUGCCAACUGUCAAACGUCACACAUCUCUCCGUUUUUCUCUCGUGCAAGAAAGGAUUCGAUGGAGGCCUAAAACAACGAUUCACUAUGAACUUGAGCUUGGGGGACAAUCCAGUUGCCAAUAUGUCGUCCUUCACCGGCCCGGACUUCCACAUAACUAAUUUAGAACCCGAUAAGGAAUACGCGAUCACUGUGUCUUCUUACAAUAGCAAAGGAUGGUCUAAACCCAGCGACCCCAUUAACUUCAGAACCCUGCCCGCUCCAGGAUUGAAUGAGCAGAGAAGGUUGAUGGAUCCUAAUGGUGAGGGACAAAAUAGGUCCGGUCCUUGGCUUUAUAUUACUUUGGCCGCAGGAUCCACACUGAUCAUUGCCGGGACAGUUGUCGUGAUUGUUUUCGCUGUAAAGAGAUUCAGGGUGGACAGUCCCGUCAGAGAUCGAAAUCCACAUCGUAACCCCAAACAGCACUGCGGGGAGGAGUUACCUCUUGACCCCCGCGUGCCCCCCCUGUACACCGACGCCCUGACUGAUGAUAACAAUCCAGAUCUCAUUCCACCUACAAACGAGAGCCUACUGGACUCUUCGUUAACUCCCUUCAUAAUAUCAGCGAGACCCUCAAGCAAAAGGAAUUGUGCCACACAAAUGCCUGUGAAGCCGUACCACGUCACAUGGGCCCCCAUCUUGCAGUCUCGCAAUUGUUCCACUCAAACUCCUCCUCCCCAUAAAGAAAGCUCAGUCUAGUCUAGAAAAAAUACAAUCCAAUCAGAAGUCUCGGUAUCGGGACCAAUACCACCUGUGAUACUUGUGAAUAUCUCAUAUUUUUAAGCAUUAACUUUAUCAAAAACUAUAAUGUUAUAUUAACAAUGUUAUUUAUUUUGUUUCGUUUUCUUUGAUCGAUAAAAUAUCAUUCGUGUGAAAAUGAUUUGUUAUGAUAAGACUAUUGUUUCAAAAAUACGACUUACGAAAUUAAAUGUUUUUCAAGUGUU